AACCUUGAUAACAUUUACGUGACUCAAUCAUUCCUAGUCAUAAGCUGUUUUCUCUUCUUGUCCGACCCACAACCAUAACCAUGGUUGAAACCAGACGCGGCUCCUCUUCUUCCAAGCGCCCUCUCUCCUCGCCUCCUCCUCCUCCCUCCGGCGUCAAGCGAUCCAAGGUCUCCGAGGAUGCAUCAUCGAGUACUCUGCCUUCCCCUGUCAACGAAUCUGGCGAACCGGAGCUUCGGGGUUCUGAUCUGCCUGAUACGCCGUCGUUGAAGGCUGGGGAUGCGGCGGUUCCCGAUGAGUCUCCGUCUGUGCCCGUCGUACAAGGCGAGGAUUCGGGGUCCCCUCAGUCUCCAGGUGAAACUGCGGAGAAAUCGAAAGGCGGCGCGCCGCCUGGUCGGAUGAAGAAACGGACCAUGAAACCAACCCCCAAGGAUGCGUGGGGAAAGCUCAUCUCUCAGUGUCCUCCGAACCCUCACCUGUCCAUGAGUGAUGCUACCUUCACUGUUGGUCAAGGUCGUCAGUGUAAUUUACUACUCAAAGAUUCCAAUGUUGGUAGUGUUUUGUGCAAGUUGAGUCACAUAGAGCGUGGAGGUUCCUCUGUUGCCUUACUGGAAAUCACAGGGAGUAAAGGUGCUGUUCAAGUUAAUGGAAAAACAUACCGAAGGAAUGCCCGCCUGAUUUUAAGUGGAGGUGAUGAGGUGGUCUUUGGUUCUUCUGGCAAGCAUUCUUAUAUCUUUCAGCAACUCAAAAAUAAUAUCAGCGCUGCUGGUAUGCCUUCUGUGAGUAUUUUAGAAGCCCAAAGUGCUCCAAUAAAUGGAAUCCAUAUUGAAGCUAGAUCUGGAGACGCGUCAGCUGUUGCUGGAGCUUCAAUAUUGGCCUCUUUAUCUGAUCUUCAUAAAGAUUUAUCUACCGUUCCUCCUCCUGUUAAAACUGGCAAGAAUGUGCAACCGAACGCUGAUGUUUCAUCAUUAACUGCUGGCCAUGAGGAUGAUAUUCCAGACAUUGAAAUGAAGGAUACCACCAAUAAUGAUGAACUAGCUGGAGAUUUACCUACUGAGAAGACUGUUCUUGCAUCCUCUACCACCGAUAAUGAAAACCCUAAGCCUGAUGGUGUGGAAGUUGAUGCCAAUUUGGUUGCAGAUGUUGGGAAGAUGACUGAUGCUACUUGCGAAUUGAGGCCAUUGCUGCGCAUGCUUGCUGGCUCAUGUCCUGAAUUUGAUUUAAGUGGUAGCAUUUCCAAGAUAUUGGAAGAGCGGAGGGAAUUAAGAGAACUACUUAAAGAUGUUGAUACCCCAACCCUAUUGGCCUCAACCAGGCGACAAGCGUUCAAGGACAGUUUACAGCAGAGAAUACUCAAUGCUGAAGAUAUUGAUGUCUCAUUUGAAAGUUUUCCAUAUUACCUAAGUGAUACAACAAAGAAUGUUUUGAUUACUUCAAUGUAUAUUCAUUUGAAGUGCAAUGGCUUUGGGAAAUAUGCUUCAGACCUCUCAUCUGUGUCUCCUCGGAUAUUGUUAUCUGGUCCUGCAGGUUCGGAUAUAUAUCAGGAGACUUUGUCCAAGGCACUUGCAAAGCAUUUUGGUGCCAAGCUAUUAAUUGUGGAUUCUCUUUCUCUGCCUGGUGGAACACCAUCAAAAGAUGUUGAUUCUACUAAAGAAAGUUCAAGGCCAGAAAGACCAUCUGUUUUCGCAAAGAGAAGUUCACAGGCUGGUACAUUACAUCAUAAGAAGCCAGCUUCUAGUGUUGAUGCUGAAAUUGUAGGUGGAUCCACAGUCAGUUCUCAGGCUACAUUGAAGCAAGAGGUUUCUACUGCCUCAUCAAAAGGCACUACUCUUAAAACAGGCGAUCGAGUAAAAUUUGUGGGUAACUUUCCGUCUACUGUGUCAUCGCUACAAAAUUAUCCUUCAAGGGGACCGAGCUAUGGCUCUCGUGGCAAAGUUCUCCUCGCUUUUGAAGGUAACGGGUCUUCAAAAAUUGGGGUUAGGUUUGAUAAAUCAAUUCCAGAUGGCAAUGACCUUGGAGGCCUUUGCGAAGAUGAUCGUGGGUUCUUUUGUUCUGCAAAUCAUUUACUACGGGUGGAUGGUUCUGGAGGAGAUGACUUCAAUAAAGUUGCAAUUAAUGAAAUCUUUGAGGUUGCCUCCAAUCAAAGCAAAAACGGUUCACUAGUGUUAUUCAUCAAAGAUAUAGAGAAGGCAGUGGUUGGGAACUCAGAAGUUUUGAAAAGUAAAUUAGAAAGCUUGCCAAAGAAUGUUGUGGUAAUUGGCUCACAUAGCCAGCUGGACAGUCGUAAAGAAAAGACUCAGCCAGGUGGCCUUUUGUUUACAAAAUUUGGCGGCAAUCAGACAGCACUUCUUGAUCUUGCUUUUCCGGAUAACUUUAGUAGACUACAUGAUAGGAGCAAAGAAACCCCCAAAGUAAUGAAGCAACUUAGCCGCCUUUUCCCAAACAAAGUUACAAUACAGCUUCCUCAGGAAGAGGCUUUACUUUCUGAUUGGAAGCAGCAGCUAGAACGUGACAUUGAAACUAUGAAAGCACAGGCCAACGUUGUCAGCAUUAGAUUAGUUCUGAACAGAAUUGGAUUGGAUUGCCCUGACCUUGAGACAAUUUGCUUGAAAGAUCAAACCCUAACCACUGAAAAUGUUGAGAAGAUCAUUGGCUGGGCUAUAAGUUUCCAUUCCAUGCAUUCAUCUGAAGCUUCAAUGAAAGACUCGAAGCCUCUGAUAUCUGCAGAAAGCAUUAAAUAUGGGCUUGACAUGCUACAGGCCAUUCAAAAUGAGAACAAGAGCUUGAAAAAAUCUCUGAAGGACGUGGUUACUGAGAAUGAAUUUGAGAAAAAAUUGCUUGGUGAUGUUAUUCCACCAGCUGAUAUUGGUGUUACAUUUGAUGAUAUUGGAGCUUUAGAAAAAGUAAAGGACACCCUAAAGGAAUUGGUCAUGCUUCCUCUUAAGAGGCCUGAAUUGUUUUGCAAAGGACAGCUGACUAAGCCUUGCAAGGGAAUAUUGCUCUUUGGGCCUCCUGGCACAGGCAAAACAAUGCUUGCAAAGGCUGUAGCAACUGAAGCAGGAGCGAAUUUCAUUAAUAUUUCUAUGUCCAGCAUUACUUCCAAGUGGUUCGGUGAAGGAGAAAAAUAUGUCAAAGCAGUCUUCUCUCUAGCCAGCAAAAUUUCUCCAAGUGUUAUCUUUGUUGAUGAGGUUGAUAGCAUGUUAGGGAGACGUGAAAAUCCUGGUGAGCAUGAGGCUAUGCGUAAAAUGAAGAAUGAGUUUAUGGUUAAUUGGGAUGGUCUGCGUACAAAAGAUAAAGAGCGUGUACUUGUUCUUGCUGCUACGAACAGGCCUUUUGAUCUUGAUGAGGCUGUUAUUAGGAGGCUUCCGCGAAGAUUGAUGGUUAAUUUGCCAGAUGCUCCAAACAGAGAAAAAAUUCUUAGAGUCAUUUUAGAAAAAGAAGAUUUGGCACCUGAUGUUGAUUUGGAAGCAGUGGCAAAUAUGACAGAUGGAUAUUCAGGGAGUGACCUAAAGAAUCUGUGUGUCACAGCAGCUCACUGCCCAAUAAGAGAAAUUUUGGAGAAGGAAAAGAAGGAGAGAAGCUUAGCAUUGGCCGAGGACAAACCUUUACCUGGAUUGUGUAGCAGUGCUGACAUUCGUCCCUUAAAGAUGGAGGACUUUAGAUACGCACAGGAGCAGGUCUGUGCGAGCGUGUCAACAGAUACAACAAAUAUGAAUGAGCUACAACAAUGGAAUGACCUAUAUGGAGAAGGUGGAUCGAGAAAAGUGAGAUCUUUGAGCUACUUCAUGUAAAGCUGCUCUCUGUAUAGCGUUUCUUGCUUAGGCUAUUCUUCUUCUAUAAAUGGUGUAACAAGGUCAACUUCAAAUGACCAGUUGAUAUGGAAAUCCCAUCACCGGUUCUUCCUUUUCUGUGUAUCAUAAUAAUAUCUUAGGUUCCUUGUUUUUCUUCCUCCGAAAUUUUUCCAUACCUGAUAGAAUUUGUUGACGGUUUCACUGGGGAUAAAUCUAGAUAUAGGCCCCUUGAUGAAUCAACUCUUGAGGUGCCCUGUUGAGGUUUCUGCUUGUAAAUACCUAGUUUUGUUACGAGAAAAUAAAACUAUUCUUAUUUUUACUAACUUCAUAAAUGAAUUGUAUGGCAUUGUACUUUGA